AUGUCGGGCUCGGAGCAGCGGCCGCCAGCAGGCCAUGUCCGGCUGGAUAGCAGACCUAUAUUACCCACCACAGAUGGAAAUGAGAACAUCACAGAAGUAGAUGCAUUCGAUAUAAGCAGACAUUCACUUGAUCCUGCAGUGGAAUACAAAAUGAACCACCAAAGAAGAGGAGUUGCAUUAAUCUUCAAUCACGAGCACUUCUUUUGGCGUUUAAUGCUGACAGACAGACGUGGGACUAUGACAGACAGAAACAACCUGAAACGCAGUUUGACAGACCUUGGAUUUGAAGUCAGACUUUUUGAUGAUCUGAAAGCAGAAGAUGUGCAGCAGAAAAUUAGGGAAGCCUCUCUGGAUGACCACAGCAAUGCUGACUGCUUUGUCUGUGUGUUCCUGAGUCACGGUGUAGAUGAUCACAUUUAUGCAUAUAAUGACAAGAUCAAAAUUCAGACAAUCACAGACAUGUUCAGAGGAGACAAGUGCCAGAGUUUGGUAGGAAAACCAAAGAUAUUUAUCAUUCAGGCCUGUCGAGGUGAUAAACAUGAUGAUGCAGUCAUUGCUCAUGAUUCAACAGACAGCAGCAGUGAAUCCCUUGUCAAUGAGACUGAAGUGGAUGCAGCUAGUGUCUAUACUCUGCCGGCUGGUGCAGACUUUAUCAUGUGCUACUCUGUGGCACAAGGCUACUAUUCUCAUCGUGAAAUUGUAAAUGGCUCCUGGUACAUCCAGGAUUUGUGUGAGACCCUUGGGAAGCACGGAUCUUCCUUGGAGUUCACAGAACUACUUACUGUUGUUAACAGGAAAGUAUCGCAUCGCAGAGUGGGCAUGUGCAAAAACACUAAUGCUAUAGGGAAGAAACAGAUGCCUUGUUUUACCUCAAUGUUAACUAAAAAACUGUAUUUUCAUCCAAAGUCUCAGUAG